AUGUUUAUGAAAAGCCAUUCCUCUAUAAAAGCUAUUGCAAAGUUCCUGCAAGUAGAAACUCCGACUGCCGAAGUCUACAUACUUGACGCCUAUUGUGCUGGAGCCCCCAUAUCAGUUGAGAAACUUGCAAGUGAAUUGAAUGUUCACAAGCCAUUAAUUGACAGAAUAGCUGGGCAUAUCGAAGAUGGUGUUCCCACCCUAAGACAAAUCAAAGAUGAUCUCGAUGCUGAAGUCUCGUAUAAUCAGAUAAAAGUGGUCUUAGCGGCAAUGAUCCAUGACGAACUUGAUGAACUUAUAUAA